CUUUGAGGGGGCUAAUGACAGGAGAUCACAGGGCAUAAGUAUACCCCCCAAAUACUCACAUGAGAGAGCUGAAAAAAACCAGGAGAGAAAAUGAAAAGCAACUGGCAACUUCCAGCUUUCUUGUACAUAUGUAGUUUUCUGGGGUCUUUGGUGUCAGCUACUGUUCAGCAUCAAACAAGAUUUCCAGUCACUUUUGCUUCUAACCAAAACACCGAUCUUUGCCCAACAAUCAGGAUUGGCCAAGAUGACUUGCCAGGUUAUGACCUGAUUUCUCAGUUCCAGAUAGAUAAAGCUGCCUCCCGAGGAGUUAUCCAGAGAGUGGUAGGCUCCACAGCUUUACAGGUGGCUUAUAAAUUUGGCAGCAAUGUCGACUUCAGGAUCCCAACCAGGGCUUUGUAUCCCAACGGAUUGCCUGAUGAAUAUUCCUUUCUAACUACUUUUCGGAUGACUGGAAGCACACUUCAGAAAUACUGGAGUAUUUGGCAGGUUCAGGAUUCUUCAGGAAAAGAACAAGUUGGAGUGAAGCUUAAUGGUCCAGCUAAGAGUGUUGAGUUUUCUUAUACGGGACUGGAUGGAAGUCUCCAGACUGCAAACUUUUUGCAUUUGCCUUUUCUGUUUGAUUCCCAAUGGCACAAGCUUAUGAUCAGCGUGGAGAAGACCAGUGUCACUCUUUUUAUUGACUGCCUUAAGGUAGAAUCCUUAAACAUAAAACCAAAGGGCAAAAUCAACACUGAUGGCUUUGCUGUGCUGGGAAAACUUAACAAUAAUCCUAAAAUUUCAGUUCCGUUUGAACUCCAGUGGAUGCUGAUUCAUUGCGACCCUCUGCGACCACAAAGAGAAACAUGCAGUGAACUUUCAUCCCGGACCUGGGUAAGGAGCUUUCUCAUCCUUAAUCAGACUACUGUGGAGUCUACAUCUUCAGCCUCUUCCUCUGGGUUAACAAUAAGCCAGACAGCUGUGCUGAGACGGGUGGGGACGGAGCAGCACCGACCGCUGGAAGCUGCUUUGAUCCAGAGGAUACAAGGACUGACAGGACCUGAUGGAUCAUUUGGCCCAUCUGGUCGAAAAGGACAAAAGGGUGAACCUGGAUUACCCGGAGCUCGUGGGCUUCCAGGUAAGGGAAUUCUUGGAUCAGCUGGUCCCCCUGGUGCAGCAGGACUUCCUGGUGAAGUUGGCCGUGUUGGUCCACCUGGUGAUCCUGGGAAGAGAGGACUACCAGGCCUACCAGGACCACCAGGCCAAAGGGGAACAAUUGGGCUACAUGAUGGAGAUCCACUGUGUCCCAAUGCUUGUCCACCUGGUCGUCCAGGACAUGCUGGCCUGUCAGGAAUGAAGGGUCAUAAAGGUGCAAAAGGAGAGCCUGGUGAACCAGGAAGACAGGGUCAUAAGGGUGAGGAAGGAGACCAAGGAAUCCUAGGUGAUGUUGGAACUCAAGGCCCUCCAGGCCCUCCAGGUUCAAGAGGUAUGAUUGGUAUAAUGGGACCAAAAGGUGACAAGGGUGCUCGUGGGCUGGAUGGUGACCCGGGUCCCCGAGGUCUCCCUGGUGCACCUGGUGACCAAGGACAGAGAGGUUCUCUUGGAGAGUUAGGUCCGAAGGGAGACAGAGGCCCUCCUGGUCCAAGAGGAAUAACUGGUCUCCCUGGGCCAAAAGGACAACCUGGCUUGCCAGGAGUUGAUGGCCGGGAAGGGAUCCCUGGAAUGCCUGGAGCAAAGGGUGAACCAGGUAAACCUGGCGCUCCAGGGGAUGCAGGACUUCAGGGACUGCCAGGUUUACCUGGUUUUCCAGGUGCAAAAGGUGUUUCUGGACCAAAGGGUAAUAGAGGACCCCCUGGAGUACCAGGUUUGAUGGGAAAUUCUGGUAAACCUGGAGAACAAGGGGUAGCAGGGGCAGUGGGACCAAUAGGACCAAGGGGACCACCAGGUGGUAGAGGUGACCCAGGUCCUGCUGGUCCUCCAGGACCACCAGGGAAACAGGGCUCUGAAGGGGAUAUAGGACUUCCAGGACUCCCUGGUCCUCCAGGCCUCCUUGGUGUUAAAGGUGACAGGGGCACAGUUGGUGAGCCAGGUCCUAAAGGUGAACAAGGUACUGCUGGAUCUGAAGGAGAACCAGGAGGAAGGGGUGACCUGGGUGAUAUGGGACUGCCGGGCCCAAAGGGAUCUGCUGGUAACCCUGGAGAACCUGGUUCUCGGGGGCCUGAAGGAAGUCGUGGAUUGCCUGGCAUGGAAGGGCCACGUGGAUCACCUGGACCUCGUGGUAUGCAGGGUGAGCAAGGUGCUCCGGGUCUGCCUGGCAGCCAGGGUCCAGCCGGUAGAGAGCCAACAGAUCAGCACAUUAAGCAGGUUUGCAUGAGAGUCAUGCAAGAACAACUGGCUCAGCUGGCGGCCAGUCUUAGGAGGCCUGAAUUUGGUGCUACAGGUCUUCCAGGUAGACCUGGACCACCUGGUGCUCCUGGACCUGCUGGAGAAAAUGGCUUCCCAGGACAGCUUGGACCUCGUGGUCUACCAGGCCUCAAAGGACCUCCUGGUGAGAUUGGUCGCAAAGGUCCAAAAGGUGAUGCUGGUGAAAAGGGGGACAGAGGAUUUCCUGGCAGAGGACCCAAAGGCUUACCUGGAACAACAGGUCUUCCAGGUGAACCAGGCAAACCCAGCUAUGGUAGGGAAGGACGUGAUGGGCUACAAGGCCCACCAGGUAUAGCUGGUCAGCCUGGAGUUCCUGGUCCUCCAGGUCCUCCUGGUCCUCCAGGAUAUUGUGAGCCAUCAUCUUGCACAGUGCAGGCUGGACAGAGAGCUGGUAAGAAUGUGAAAGGGCCAUGAAAUUGCAACGCAAGUACCAGGAAAUGUUAGCAUCAAUUUACUACCUGCACAUACAGCUGACACAGAGGAGAAACAUACCAAACAAGGAAAACUUCAUCAACCAAGGCUUCAAUAGGAAAAAACUUUAACACUUUGUUGUACCAUCUUUCAAAUGUUUGUUGGCAAUACAAUUUGGAACAGCGGUGCUUUCAAAACUGCAUAGGCAAGGCCUUUGGGCUUUGUCUUUGCCCUAGGGAUACAAGGCAGUUUUCAAAUAAAUUAUUUUAAAAAUAAAGGCAUUUUUCAGUCAUACCCCUGCCAUGAUAAUGUUCAGUGAUAUACUGGGUUUUAGGGCCAAGACUAAAUAAAAAAGAAGGAAUGUUUUUCUUACCUCAUUUCUAGCUAUAAUUCCUUUGGGUUAUAUUUGGAAAAUAAAUUCCAUAGAUGCCAACUUAACUGAUCACAUCACCUUGUCUACAUUCAUUCUACCAGGUGUUUGUUUCUUUUUCUCUACAAAUUACUGUGAUUUCAACAGUCAUGGCUGCCAAGCCACACUGAAUACCUUUUAUGCUGUAAAUCUUUGUAAAUGUGUGAUCGUUAUGAAGAAGUCAUGUAGAAUAAUCUAUGCAUAAUACCAGCUUUUAGUUUCUGCUCCAGUUUGUGUUGAAUCCCUAAUUUUGUUUGAAGCCUGUUCCAUCUUGGGUCCUUCUGGGUAAAAUCUAAGAAGGCAAGAAGCCACUGGUAAGGGAAUUUUAAUUCCCAGAAAUAAAUACGUUUUAUAGCUCAGAUUAUUUAUUUUAAAGAUCUAAAAUGACAUCGCUGGUUGUACAAAAGGAAAAAAUAAAUAAUGUUUCUUAACCCCUUGCAUGUUUUUGAAUGAAUGAUCUUAUAUGGUACAGUUAAAAAUAGCUCAGUUAGAAAAGCCCCAUUAGAUAUGUCCAGAUUCUGCCUUAUCUAUUGCAACUUCAUUUUUAAAGAAAUAUGUGCAAUGCAGAUAUUUUUUGUUUCUUGCUGUGUAAAUUAAAGUAUUGGUGUUUUGGA